AUGAGGAAACUUUGCCCUAAUUUGGAUAAAGAAGAUGCUCUAGACACCGUCUUAGAAGUACCGAUACCGGAGGAAAUGUUCGCCGGACAAGGUGGAGGAAAUGGAGCGAACAAAUGGAAAAACAUGCGGAAUUGGAUGAAGGCACAAGCAUUCGAUAAGGCCACCGAUAAACCUCAACCUUUAUCAGGCAAGAACGCCGAGCUCCAACUCCUCCUCAAUGUCGUCGGUGCUCCUCUCCUCCCUUGCCCGGUUCCUUAUGAUCGCGCCUUCUCCAAAUCCAUUCGUGAUUGCUCUAUCCAAGCAUCAACAGCGAAAUACAUAAUUCAGCAAUACAUAGCGGCAACAGGAGGGCAACAAGCAUUGACAUCAGUACAGAGUAUGUAUGCGAUAGGGAAAGUGAAGAUGAGUGCUUCGGAGUUUCAUAUGGGAGAUGAGCAUGUUUCGGCAAAAGGGAAUGGAGAAGUUGGAGGAUAUGUGUUUUGGAUGAAGAACCCGGACCUUUGGUAUCUUGAGCUGAUUCUUGGUGGCUCUAAGAUGAGUGCCGGGAGUGACGGGAAGGUUGCGUGGCGGCAAUCGGCUUCCGAGCAAUCUCAUGCCUCCCGGGGACCUCCCCGCCCUUUGAGACGAUCUCUUCAGGGUCUAGACCCGAGAUCGACAGCGAGCCUCUUCUCCGAUGCAGUAUGCAUCGGCGAGAAGAUAAUAAGCGGAGAAGAGUGCUUCAUACUAAAACUAGAAGCGAAUCCGGCAACACUGAAAGCUCGAAGCAGUCCUUCAUUUGAGAUCAUCCACCACACCAUUUGGGGUUACUUCAGUGAGCGCACAGGGCUUCUAAUCCAGCUUGAAGACUCUCAUUUACUUGGAAUGAAAUCUAGGAGGGGAGAGAGCAUCUUUUGGGAGACAAGCAUGGAGUCAGUGAUUGAAGAUUAUAGAUACAUUGAUGGUGUGAACAUUGCUCAUGCUGGGAAGACAUCUGUGACAUUGUUUAGGUAUGGUGAAGGGUCUGUGAAUCAUAGGAGAAAAAUGGAGGAGGUUUGGACUAUUGAAGAAGUUGAUUUCAAUGCUUGGGGUUUAACUGUUGAUUAUUUCUUGCCACCAAGAGAUCUUAAGAAGGAGUUGGAUGAUGAUCAACCUGGGGCUUAG